UCGGAUUUAUUAUUUUGUUGCAUCUGAAAUAAUGCUAAUAUCCAUUUUCUUAAAAGAUUUUGCGAUGCAGGAGAUUGUGCCAAAUUAUCACCCCCUCAGGUACAAAGACCUGCCAUUCUCAACAUCUCCUGUUGAAGAAUGGAAACAACUGGUUUCAAACUUCAGCCAACAAGCACACCCCUCAGCCAUUAUCUGGAACACUAUCAAGUUUCUCGAACACGAAUCAUUGACCCAAAUCCACAACCACUUACAAGUUCCAGUUUUUGCAAUUGGGCCUUUACACAAAAUAAAACCAAGCUCGUAUGUUAGUUCUCACCAAGUAGACACCAGUUGCAUCACCUGGCUUGAUAAACAACCUCCCAAAUCUGUGGUCUACAUAAGCUUUGGAAGCUUAGCCACAAUGGACGCGAAAGUGCUGACUGAGAUGGCAUGGGGUCUAGCUAAAAGUAACCAACGCUUCCUAUGGGCGCUUAGACCUGGUUUAGUUUGUGGAUUAGAGUGGCUCGAGUUAUUGCCGGAGGGGUUCGUAGGGGAAACAAGAGAACGAGGCUUAAUCGUGAAAUGGGCUCCCCAGAAGGACGUGUUAGCCCAUUUUGCGGUGGGUGGGUUUUGGAGUCAUUGCGGAUGGAAUUCGUGUUUAGAGAGUAUUUCAUCGGGAGUUGUGAUGAUAUGUCAACCGUUUAGUGUGGAUCAAGGGGUGAACGCGCGCUAUAUGAGUUACGUGUGGAAGAUAGGGCUCGAGUUGGAGCAGGUGGAGAGAGAGGAGAUUAGAAGGAUGAUUAAAAGAGUUAUGGUGGAUGAGGAAGGAGAGGAAAUGAGAGUUAGAGUAAAUGGUAUGAAGGAAAUGGUUAAAGAAGCUGUGGGUAAUAGUGGUUCUUCACAAGAAUCGUUGGAGGGUUUGGUAAAUUUCAUUUUGUCACGUUGA